AUGUCGUCUUUUAACCCAGUUUCCCAUCUGCAAAAUGGAGAAAAGUCACUGUCUUGCAUCAUAGGAUGUGAUUUCUGUUUAAAUCUUUGGGGGUUUUUUGAUGAUACAGUCUUCACAGGCUGGAGCCACCUACCCUGGAAUGAUGUCAGAAAAAUUGCAAAGGUAACUGGAUCACUUUUACUAGGAGGUUUUGUAUUCAUUACAUAUGAAGUUCUGUCCUUAAAGAAAUUACUGACAAUUGAUACCCAAGCUAUACAUCAAGAAAAACUUAAAUCCUAUAUAUAUGUACGUACAACUUCUCUGGAUCCAAGUGAAUAUCAAGGGAUCACAUACCAAGCCAGAAGAGAAAUCCAUAGAGUGGUGAGGAAAAUUCUAGAAACAGAAGCUAAAAUUUUCCGGAGACCUUUUAAUGAACACUUCAGCACGUUUGAUGGAGAAGAUCAUGAAUGUGCCUUAUGGCUCCUCUUAAAGAGAAGCCAGUCGGAAGACAAAGAGGUCCGACUGCAGGCUGUCCAAGACCUCGCAAAGAACAGUCACUGGCAUGAUUAUCAGUACAGUACAGUUGCUCAAGCCUGUGAUCAAAGGACUGCUAUAGGUUUGGCUCGGUCCAAAGAUAUUGACCUUCGAUUUUUCCUGCCUCCACCACCGUUGCCAAAAAUAAAGGAUGAUUAUCGCAUAGAAGAUGAGCUGCGCUUGUUGUUAAUGUCUUUACCUCAGACUGGCCUUGAUCCAUGCGUCCAGUACUUCACAUCUCUUGCAUUACGUGAAAGUAGUCAGACUCUUGCUGCGCAAAGGGGAGGCUUAUGGUGUUUUGGAGGAAAUGGACUUCCGUAUUGUGAGACGCUGAGUAAAAUCCCUUCAGAGACGGUAGAACUCUUCUGCUUGCAAGCAUUAGUACAACAUUCUAAGGUUUCUUCUCACUGUGAUAAAAUUGAAGCAAAAGGAGGCCUGCAGCUACUACAGAGGAUAUACCAGCUGCGUAAAGAUUCUGCAAAAAUACAAAGGAAUAUAAUUCGCAUUAUUGGAAAUAUGGCUUUGGAUGAACAUCUUCAUUCAUCCAUAGUACGUGCAGGUUGGGUUUCUGUACUUGCUGAAGUAAUGAAAUCUCCACACGUCAUUCAGUCUUCUCAUGCAUCCAGAGCUUUGGCUAACCUGGACAGGGACACAGUGCAAGAAAAGUAUCCGGAUGGCGUUUAUGUCUUGCAUCCACAGUAUCGUAGCAGUCAGCCCAUCAAAGCAGACAUCCUUUUUGUUCAUGGUCUUUUGGGAGCAGCAUUUAAAACCUGGCGACAGCAAGAUAUAGACCGGCCUUUGGAUGAAAAGGCUUCAGAAGGGGAAGAGGACUAUAGCCAGUGCUGGCCAAAGACGUGGUUGGCAUCAGACUGUCCUGCCCUUAGAAUUAUAUCUGUGGAGUAUGACACCCAUCUGAGUGACUGGAAAGCAAAAUGUCCUGUUGAGGCUCACAGAAAGUCUAUUGCUUAUAGGAGCAAUGAGCUUCUUGACAAGCUGAGAGCUGCUGGCAUUGGAGACAGACCUCUAGUAUGGGUCUCACAUAGCAUGGGUGGUCUUCUCGUCAAGAAGAUGCUUGUGGAUGCUUCCAAGAAUCCAGAAAUGGAUAACAUUGUAAACAACACCAGAGGAAUCAUAUUUUAUAGCGUACCUCACCAUGGUUCCCAGCUGGCUGAAUAUUCUAUAAAUGCCAGAUAUCUUCUCUUUCCGUCUGUGGAGGUUAAAGAACUCAGCAAGGAUUCUCCAGCCCUUAAAGAGCUGAAUGAUGACUUUCUGUCUUUUGCCAAAGAUAAGAAAUUUCCAGUCCUGAGUUUUGCAGAAACCUUACCGACACAUAUAGGCAGCAUGAUAAAACUGCACGUCGUACCUCUGGAAUCAGCAAAUUUGGGUAUUGGAGAUCUUAUUCCAGUGGAUGUUAAUCAUCUAAAUAUUUGCAAGCCAAAGAAGAAGGAUACUUUCCUGUAUCAGCAUACCUUGAAGUUCAUUCGGGAUGUUUUAGCCAGAGAACUUGGAAAUUGAGUUUUUGUCAUGGUUGCUUGCUUAUUUCAUCCAUGUGAUAUAACACAGAAAAGUUCUUCCCCUGACACUUGUUGAACUGGAAAGAUGCUAUGUGAAUAGUAUCUGCUGCUAAAAUAAUUUUUGGUACAUCUCCAGCUUGGAGAACUCCAUAUCCUAUUUCUGAAAUGCAUUCAAAAAAAGUACAGACUGACACACAGUACUAUAACUUGGUAAAAAGAAAAUGAAUGUUGGCUUAGAGUGACCAUGAUUUGUUGACAAAGUGUGUGUAAUUUCUCCAGGAAUUUGGCAGGGAGGGGAUGGGGAUUCAGUGGAACAGAAGUUUCACUGGGUAGUCUACAGGUAUCCCUUUGGAGCAGCCCCGCUAGACUGUGGAGGGUGCCCAAUACAUCUCCUUUUAGCCAAGAAAGGUUGCUGUGAGUGUGGUUGUUUUCAUUAAGAUUAAUCUACAUUUGGGACUAAAAUCUUAAAGAGAGAAUUAGAAACAACUAACUGAGAUGAUUAUCUGUUGUGUCAAAGGGGAAAAGAAGCAUGUGGCUAUCUUAAAGCAUUGGUUUCAUGCUGAGGAGUCUGACAGAAGCCUGAGGGAAUUUAUCCAAGUGACUGAAGAUAGUAUUUGGAUCAAUGGUGUAAUUACAGGAGCUUUUGUAAUUUGCCUUUUUGUUUAACAGAUCCACCCAGACUUGUUACCAAACACAACAUCUGUUUUCUGCAUGAGAAGGAGGUAACAGCUUUGCUGAGUUCUAAUACGCUGUCUUGUAUAAACAGCUGUAGUUGUUUUAUCCUGGUUGUAUACAUUUAAAAAAAAAAAAAAGGUGGGGGGGGAACCUCUUCCAUGUUCUUGUACAUUUCCGUUUUAAUCCUACUAACUUUUGAGAUUACUUUCUCUGAGAUAGGUUGUGUCUGAUCAGACUCAGGGCAGUUCUAUGCACCGUCGCAUGGAAGAUACAGAACAGAGGCCUAGCUGUUAAUGUUCGGCUUCACUCUUGGGACGUACUGAGAAGAUGGUACACUUAAUUCCCUGGUUCAUGUUACUCAUUUAGAAGCUCUUUAGCUGAUUUAAAGAGCAUUGAAAAUGCCCACAUGGAAUACGACAUCUGCAGGACCUGACAAAAAAGCUCAUGUUUAGAGUGUGGAGCUCAGGCAGACAAUAAGAAAAGCAGGUGAAAAUGCAGGUGUUCAUAAGGUCCCACGAGAAAUACAGAAGAUCCCAGGUAUUAUUGGUUUCUUGAGACCCAAGUGUACUUAUUUGUGUAGGUAAAGAGGAAAAAUGGCACUUUUGUCUUAUGUAAGUUUUAUCAUUAUGUGUUUUUGGUAGAAAUCAUAAGGACACCUUAAUAGUACUGAGGAGAAAUAAGCAUUCUUCAGAAAAACGUGGCAGUCUUCAGCCAGAGUCUUAAAUAAUAAGUCUUAAAUAAUUUGCAACAUAGUUCAGGGCAGCCUAAUUACGGUCUCUAAUUACGGUGUCUUUCCUUCCUUUCUUUGCACCCCCAACUCUCUCUGAAGACAGAAAUAGGCUAUGGCUAGCUGUAUUUCCCUAGCUGACCAUUUGUCAAAUAAGGCCUUUAUUGAUGACAGGAAAAUUAGUAGAGAAGACUUAAGAGGUCUCUUAGCGUUGCUUAUGUGGGAUGGAUCUAGUAUUACUAGCCUUAAAGUUAUGGCUAUAAAAGUCACCAAAAAGGUGGAAUGUGUCUUGCAGUUCUGCAUGGGCUUGGUGCAGAUGUCAGCAGUGGCUGCAGUCCUGCCAGCUCCUGAGGCCACCUCAACCGUUCCUACCUUAGACUACUCCAGUUCAGGAGGACAUUAAAUCUGAAAAUGCACUUCGGGAAGUGCAGCCUCAACCUGCUGGACUUGCACAGUAAAAUUCACAGCCCACAGCAGUACAGAGAAUGUACAGCACAACACAAACAAAGAGAGCAUUUUUUUUCCUCGUAAUCAAGAUGUAGGUAAGAAUAUUGGAUGCCAUUAUUUCGGAUAGACAAUGUAACAUAACCUUUAAAGGAAUUUAUCCUGUUUACACUGCGCUUAAACUUCAGAGUAUAAAUAUAUUAGAACAUUUUGUGCUCACAAAGAAGAGGGUACGUGGAAUUCAGUUUGAAUGGACAAGACUUGCAAUAAUGUGUAGUAUGACAAAGCUCAUACUGAUUUUAGUAGCCUUCUUUGGCUUAAAGGGAUUCAGAUCAAUGGCAUUACAGAGUAAACUUAUUCAGUAAACGCUUCUAUGUUUUGUUACUAUAACUGGAGCUCUUGAGGCAACUUUCUCCUUUUUGUAACUGUAUGUAUACAUGUGUAGCUUUUAAAACUAAUGUUUUGAGUUGUAUGUAUUU